AUGGGUAAAAAUAAUAAGAACCAGCAAAACUACUGGGAAGAAGAUUUCACAGAGGACAUGCCCGCCAGUGAAGAGUUCGGUGUUGAUCCUAACGCAAAGGAAGAGACACCAGCUGCCGAGGGUACACCAGCCGAACAAGCCGGUGCUGAGGCUAUUGAAGCUGACUUCAUGUCCACUCUAGCUAAAUCCAAGAAGAAACAAGACAAGAAGACCACUGAUGAGAAGGCUGAGAAUAAUAAUAAUGCCAAGCCAGUGCUAAAGUCUAAGAAGGAGAAGGAAAAGGAAAAGAAGGAAAAGGAGAAGCAAAAGAAGAAAGAGGAAAACAAUAAGAAGAAAGCUCAACAGCAAGCUCAAAAGGAAAAGAAUAAAGAGUUGAACAAACAAAACGUCGAGAAAGUUCAAGCUGAAAAGGAAGCCAAGGACAAGAGUAAAAGUGGAUCACCUGCUCCAGAAGCAACGCAAACUCCAAAGGCAGCUCCAAAGAAAGGUGGUAAGAAGGCACCUGCAGGUUUAGCUGCUUUGAAACGUCAACUAGAAUUGAAAAAACAAGCUGAAGAAGAAGAGCAGAGAUUGAGAGAAGAGGAAGAACGUUUGGAGAAGGAAGAACUAGAACGUGAAGCUGAAGCUGAUAAAGAACGUGAGGCUGCCAAAGAAGCUAAAAAGGAGAAAGAUAAAGCCAAGAAGGAAAAAUUGAAGGCUGAAGGUAAACUUUUGACAAAGAAACAAAAGGAAGAAAAGAAACUACAAGAAAAGAGACGUGCCGCUCUAUUGGCUGCUGGUAAUAUCAAAGUUCCUGCAUUAGAGAAGAAGGAAGCCGAAGCUCCUAAAGCAAAGAAGGUCGUCUACAGUAAGAAGAAGAAGACUAAUGCACCAGAAAAGGCAGAAUCCAAGGACACAAACGGUAAAGAAAAGGGUACCGAUGGUGCAGAUGAAAAAAAGGGUGAUGAGGAAGUUUUGAUUGAUGAUUGGGAGCGUUUGGCACUUGAAGAUGAUGAAGGUGAGGCCGCUUCCGCUACUACUACGGUGGAGGAAACCACCAAAAUGGAAGUUAAGGAAUCUACGCCUGAGGUUUCAAGCUCUGAAGUGUCAAGUAAAGAAGUUAUUGAGGAAGUAAAUACCCCAGCUGCAGCUUCUAAGCCAACACCUGUAUCUAAGGCAGUUGAAGAAUCAAAGGGCGGAACACCUGCUCGCGCUUCCGCUUCUCCUGCUCCUACACCAAAGAAGGAUUUGCGUUCUCCAAUUUGCUGUAUCUUAGGUCAUGUUGAUACUGGUAAGACCAAGUUGUUGGACAAGAUCAGACAAAGUAAUGUGCAAGGUGGUGAAGCCGGUGGUAUCACUCAACAAAUUGGUGCUACCUAUUUCCCUAUCAGUGCUGUUAAGGACAAGACGAAGACCAUGUCUAAAUACGAAAAGCAAACUUUCGAUGUUCCAGGUUUGCUGGUUAUCGAUACUCCUGGUCACGAAUCUUUCACCAACUUGCGUUCUAGAGGUUCAUCUCUAUGUAACAUUGCCAUUUUGGUGAUUGAUAUCAUGCAUGGUCUUGAACAACAAACUUUAGAAUCUCUAAGGUUGUUGAGAGACAGAAAAUCUCCUUUCGUCGUUGCAUUGAACAAGAUCGAUAGAUUGUACGAUUGGAAGACUAUUCCUGGUAACUCCUUCAGAGACUCAUUCGAACAACAAUCGAGGGCCGUUAAAGAUGAAUUUGAGACAAGAUUAUCCGCUAUCAAAUUGGCUCUUGCUGAACAAGGUUUGAACUCUGAAUUAUACUUCCAAAACAAAAACAUGUCCAAGUACGUCUCCAUCGUCCCAACUUCUGCCGUUACCGGUGAAGGUGUUCCAGAUCUGUUGUGGUUGUUGCUAGAAUUGACUCAAAAGAGAAUGUCUAAGCAAUUGAUGUACCUAUCCCACAUCGAGGCUACCAUUUUGGAAGUUAAAGUUGUUGAAGGUUUCGGUACAACUAUUGAUGUUGUUUUAUCGAACGGUAUUUUAAGAGAGGGGGAUCGUAUCGUCCUAUGUGGUAUGAACGGACCGAUUGUCACAAACAUUAGAGCUUUGUUGACCCCUCAACCAUUGCGUGAAUUGCGUCUAAAAUCUGAGUACGUUCACAACAAAGAAGUCAAAGCAGCAUUGGGUGUUAAGAUCGCAGCUAAUGAUUUAGAAAAGGCCGUCUCUGGUUCUAGAUUGUUGGUCGUUGGUCCUGAUGAUGAUGAGGAAGAAAUGAUGGACGAAGUCAUGGACGAUUUAACAGGGUUGUUGGACUCUGUUGACACUAGCGGUAGAGGUGUUACCGUUCAGGCUUCUACCUUGGGUUCUUUGGAAGCCUUACUAGAUUUCUUGAAAGAUAUGAAGAUUCCUGUGAUGUCCAUCGGGUUGGGUCCAGUUUACAAACGUGAUGUAAUGAAGGCAGGUGCCAUGUUGGAAAAAGCUCCGGAAUACGCAGUUAUGAUGUGUUUCGAUGUUAAAAUAGAUAAGGAAGCUGAGCAAUAUGCUGAACAAGAGGGUAUUAAGGUUUUCAACGCUGAUGUCAUUUACCACUUGUUCGAUGCUUUCACCAAAUAUCAAGAGGAUUUGCUCGAACAACGUCGUAAAGACUUCUUGGACUUCGCCAUCUUCCCAUGUGUUUUACAGACAUUACAAAUUAUCAACAAGCGUGCUCCGAUGAUUAUUGGUGUUGAUGUUGUGGAAGGUGUUCUUCGAGUAGGUACUCCAAUUUGUACAGUGAAAUUGAACCCAACUACGAAUGAAAAGCAAGUUCUACUACUGGGUAAGGUGGUUUCUUUGGAAAUUAACCAUCAUCCAGUUAAUGAAGUUAAGAGGGGCCAGACCGCUGCUGGUGUUGCCAUGCGUUUGGAGGAUCCUUCAGGUCAACAACCUAUCUGGGGCCGUCACGUGGGUGAAAGCGAUCCAUUAUAUGCCGCCAUUUCUAGAAGAUCCAUCGAUACUUUGAAGGACAAGGCAUUCAGAGACCAAGUAUCCAAGUCAGAUUGGAUACUGCUGAAAAAAUUAAAACCUGUGUUUGGCAUCGAUUGA